CAAGUGUCUUUCCUCCUCAUAUCACAAUUUUUUUUGGGGGGGUUUUGUGAACAGUGGAAAAUGUUCAAGACGAAAUCAUCAGCUGUGAUCUUCCUUCUGGCGAUCGUGACUCUCGUGUUUGCUGGCGUCACGCACGAUCAAUUCCAACAGAGUGCCAAAAUCAUGAGAAACACCUGUCAGCCCAAGUUCAAAGUGCCCGACGAGCUGGUCAACAAGCUCAGUCAGGGUGUUUUUCCCGAAGACAAGAAUCUCAAGUGCUUCGUGAAUUGCUUCUUGGAAAUUGCGCAAACCAUGAAGAGAGGAAAGGUAAAUGUGCCGGCAUCGCUUAAGCAAAUUGAUGUCCUGGUGCCGGAGGAUCUCAAAGAUGACUACAGAAAUGCCCUCGAUGCUUGCAAGGAUUCCGCGAAGGGCAUCAAGGACAACUGCGAAGCUGCUUAUGCAUUUCUCAAGUGUACACAUGUGAAAAAUCCAUCUUAUGAUUUUCCUGUCAAUUGAAAUAAACCUUUUCGCGUAAUAGUGGAAAUA